AUGGAGCAACCAAUGCUCUCCGUUGACUCAAGGUCGAACACCACCGCAAGGACAACAGCCCACCUACUGCCCUGUCGAAUUCACCACGAUGGCCCGGUGGGCUCAACCAAGUCAUAUUGGGUGCCCAAGACAGAUCAAGGAGGUAAAAGGACAGCGCACUUCAGGGGCCGUGAACUUCACGGCAAGCCACUGAAGGUUCCCGAUGGCUACCACGGCGCCAUUAUGGUGAAGAAGGAUGCCCCCGAGCCGGAGGCCCCAAAACCAGGGGCGCCGGAGGUCGUCGACCUUGACGCAGAAGAGGAGGACCUACCCCUUGGCGCGCUGGAAACGAGGGCUGAGUUUGAGGAGAUGGUCAUCUGGGGCCACGAGUCCACGGCGGAGGUAUCUUCAGAUCCUUACGUCAGGGGUAUAGAGGAGUGGAUGAAAUUAUCUGCACAGGUUCGCAUCAUGGCCACUGAGAAUUGGAAUUUGGAUGUUCUGAGGCUGACAUUGGUGUUCUGCAGAUACAUUCGUACGAGGAAAAGGGGCACUGAAGUCGCUGAAUUGCAGGACUUUCAUAGCAUUAUCUGUCCAGCCUUGUGA